AUGGAUUUGCAGAAGCGGUUGAUAUCGAAGCAAUGGCAGGACCGCAUCAAGGCCUACGAAGAUCUGGGCGACCUCCUGGUGCGGGACGUCGGGGGCGACGCGGUGGCCCGCUACGCGCCCUUUCUCAAGCGCAUGGUGGCCGACACCGCCAACCCGCGCGCCCAGGAGGCCGCACUCUCCACCCUCGUCUCCUUCCUCCAGCACCUCGCCACCCUACGUGACCCAUCGCGAGCGUGUCCUGCCGAGCUGAGGAACCAGGUGGGCGAGACCUCGCUCGCGCUGGUGGACAAAUGCCUCGCCGGACGAUCGACGACCAAGGAGAAGGCCAUCCAAGCGCUCCUCCUCUUCAUGCAGAUCGGAGCUGUCGAACCCGUCCUGAACCAACUGCUCAAGGGCUGCCAAAACAAGGUGGCCAAGGUGGCAGCCAGCUGCCUUUUCUGCUUGAAGGAAGCCAUCAGGCUGUUCGGCGCGCCCAGCCCCAUAGCGCCGGAGCCCGUGCUGCCCAUAUUGAAGGCCAGCUUUGAUCACAGCGUGCAGGAGGUGCGCACCGAGGCCCUGCAGCUCACCGUCGAGUUCCAUUCUUGGCUCGGCUCCUCCUUCGACGCCUCCAUUCAAGACAUGCAGCUGCGACCGGCGCAAAUCAAGGAGCUGGAGGCGGCCUAUGAGGCCAAGGCGACCAAAGACCCCACUCCGCCCACACCUGAGCGGAAGGUCCUGCACUGCUCCGGCGGAAAAAUCACCACCCGAACGCCAGGGGACAGCCAGAAGAGGUUGUCAUCGAGUCGCGACGAAGAUGAGCUGUCUCGAGAGUUGGAGGCUGCGGCAAGUGAGGGUUCGUUCUCCCUGGAUGCCGUGGACGAGUCCAGCAGCAGCUUCGACAACGGAGUGCCCGUCGAGAUACUGGUCCCUGGCCAACCCAGGGAGGAAGAGGCGCGCGUUGGUAAGCUACCGAAGCGGGAGUGGAAGGAGACGUCGAAUCUCCCGCCCAUCAGUCUGCUGUCCAUGCUCACGACCGAGUGGUAUCGUGAGAUGACCACGGGCGUAUGGCAGAAGCGGAAGGAGCAGCUGGACAACCUCGUUUCGUGGUGCGGCACCCCGCCGCAGCGCCUGCAGACUGGCGACUACACCAAGCUCAUCAAGACGCUACGUGAGAUGCUGGGCGACAGCACGACUACGACGGUCGUGGCCGCCAGCGCGAUCAAGGCCAUCGGGGCGCUGGCCAAGGGCCUCGGGCGCGACUUCCUCCCGUACGGCAAGAAGCUGGUGCCCAUCCUCCUGGACGACUUCAAGACCAAGAAGUCCCUCGUCGGCGCCGUCAUCCACGACGUGCUCGACGACAUGCACAACUCCUGCUUCUCCAUCUCUGGCACCGAGUGCCUCAAGUGGCUCAAGCGCUGCGUGGCCAACACUCAGGGCGCGACCGUGACCAACCUGGGUCCGCUGUCGGAGCUCCUCCUCAAAUGCGUCGACGACAGCCAGGCGGAGGUGCGGGACGGCGCAUAUGCGGUCAUCAGCCUCCUCCACAAAUUCCACGGCGACGCCCUUACCCAGGAGCUCUCUGAGGGCGACCUAGACCGCGCGCGAUUGAGUAAGCUGAAGGAACUGACCCGAAGCGGCAGUGGCGUGCUGGAACGGCGGCUCGGCGGCGCCGUCGCCAUCGGCCUCACGCACCCCGUCUCGCCCGCGCUCGAUCUCACGCAACGGCGGCGGGGACCGACGGGACAGCAGCAGCGGUGCCGAGGCAUCGCCCUUCUCGACCCCCAACAGAGCCCCGACCGCGGCGCCGGCCACACGAGUGCGGCCCACGUCGCUCAACCUGAGCUCGGCCUCCUCACCUUCGCCGGCUGCCGCGACUUCACCCGCAUCGCCGGCCUCGACGACCACGUCAUCGGCCUCGACCACGCCGUCAUCAGCAUCGGCGGGCUCGACAGCCGGCAGCACGACCACGAAGCCCUCGGCGCAGAGCAGUCGCGUCGCGUCGGCGUCGGCCUUGAACGCGAGCCGGGACGACGAAAGCGAGCUGCUGACGUCAUACACGCCCAAGGCCUCGUCGUCUACAGACUCCCCACGAGGGAGAGCCUGAGCGCGCUGCGGGUGGGGCUCGCGCGGCAGCUGGAAGCGGUGGAGCAGCGGCUCGAGGAGGCCGAGGCCAGGAGCGCGGAGGACCACCAUUUUGCGGCGGACAUGCACGCCUGGAACCUCCAGCUCCUCGCCCAGCAGAAGGCCGACCAGCAGAGGAUCCGAGAACUCGAAGAGAUGUGCAAGGCGCUGAUGGAGGAGAAGGAGGAGCGAGGAGGCAAUGGCAACGACAGUGGCGAUAAUUACCUGCCGCGCCAAGAGGAGCUCCAGACGAUGACGCGGGACCAACUCAACGAAGUCGAGAGGCGACAGGAAGAAUACCUCCUCACCAUCCGCAAGAUCAAGGUCCACCUCUUCCCCCACACCAGAGCAUUGAUGAAGUUAGCCAUCUUGUCUGACACGUCUUCUCUCAUAUCUGCUCUUAUUUGUUUGUUAUCUGUUAUUUGUUAUUUCCCACAGAUCAGCCUCAUUCGGUGA